CACACACACACACACACAUGCAGUCACACGGCUUGAAAGUACUCUAAAUGACACAGUCGGUUUCUUACCAGUGUUCGUGUGCUGGUACUGCAAACUUGAUCUUCUGCUCACAACGUAGGAAACCAGCAAGAGUGCGAGCGGCCUGCUAGCUUCCUGUCACACAGCUUACAGUCAAACAAGAUAAAGGCAAUUCAGACUUCCUGUUCCAUCUCCAGCAUCCUGAAUGUAAAUUAACCAAUGGAUCUGCUUCUGAUGAAAACUUCACAACUGCUUUGAAGUACGAGGAGUUUCACUGCAGCCUUCUGCCUCUAACUGUGACACCAAGCCAACAGGAUUUUUACACUCAACUGGGAUUUUUUUAAGCAGGCAUGACUGACGACAAUACUGGAAAAAAUGAUGGUUUAACACCAUCCUCUAAGAUUGUGGUGGCCCUUUGCGUCCUCCUCGUCGUCUUAAUUGUACUGCUGAUCUUCUUGUACAAGAAGUUAAACCAAGAGGCCAAUGGAGAAUACACGGUGCGACGCAUGGUGUAUAAGGAGGGAGGGGUCAGGGACCGGGUGAGGGGUGCAGCCUUAGCUCUGGGGACACGUCUCGGGGUCCAGCUGUGGCCUCAAAGUGAUUCAGAUGAGGAUGGAGAGGAAAUGCAGGAAGUCCGAGAUGAGGAGGGAGAUGUGGAGGAGGGUGGGAGCCAGGGGAGUGACAGCGAAGGAGAUGACCAAGAGGAGGAGCAGGAUAGUGAGGAGGAGUCUGACCAGGCAAAGGGAAAAGGAGACAACACUUCAGAUGAGGAUGACUUGAGUCUGGAGGGUUCGGAGGCAGGGGAGCGAGCCAGGCUAACGGAUCAGACCAAAGCGGAGACAGAGAUAGAGGUGGAUGGGGAGGGGAGAGGUGAAGCCAGUGGAGGAGCUGGGCUCUCGAUAGAUCUGAAGCAGUUCUCUGGAAGCGCCAUCUGGUCUGAGGAAGAGGGAGGGGGGGGCAAGGACACAGAUAUGACCGCACUGUAAGGACAGAAUUUAUAAAAGGAGAGGAGCUGAAGAUAUAGUCUCAGUACUGACGUCACCCUUAAUUAGCUGUUAACCCCU